AUGCCUGAUGUUAUUUCAGAAUCCGGAACGCUCGCAUUGUUUGCUGAUGAUGCGAAGUGUCUACGUACAAUCAAUUCAGACGCCGAUUGCGUGGCUUUACAAAGGGACUUGAAUAAUUUAACUACUUGGAGUGCAGAAUGGAAAUUACCAUUUAACAUUGACAAGUGUACCAUCUCUACAGUAACAACGAAACGCAACCCUGUUUCUUUUAUUUAUGAAAUAGCUAAUUGCGUUAUCAAGAGAGUAAACGAACAGAGAGAUCUUGGAGUUCAUAUAACUAGUAAUGUUACAUUUAAUGAACAUAUAUAUAUUCAGAUAAAUAAAGCGAACAAGAUGCUGGGCUUUAUUAGACGUACAGUUUCGAGGGAAAAGUGCUUAUUACCUACAAUGAAAUCACUGUACUGCGCACUGGUAAGGAGUAACUUAGAGUAUGCUUCUGAGGUUUGGAGCCCAAAAUCAAUCACAUUAAUUAAGAAAAUCGAAAGGGUUCAACGCCGAGCAACACGGAUCUUGUUGCCUGAAUUGGAAUAUGUGGAACGUCUCCAACAGUUUGAUGUUCCUCCUCUUUCACACCGUCGAGAGUUGAAGGAUUUAACCACCUUUUACAGGAUGAAACAAGGUUUAUAUAACUGUAAUGUUGACUCCUACGUUGAAUUCUGCUCAGACACAAAAUUACGAUCAACUGCCCAGGGGAAAUUGAAAACCC